AUGGGUUACUUUCAGAAAGUACUGGGAACUUUUACUAAAGGCUAUGUUUUAGGUGGAAAAAAACAGCUAGUGGCAGUGGUGGAAGCUGCCGUCAAGUUGCAGCUGGUGUACAGUGACUCCAUAGAGUUUUCAAGGAAAGAGACUUUGCCUAGUGUUGUUACGGGCAGAGUGGCUAUCCUAGUGACCGAGAAUCUCUCCCAUCAUUGAUGAUCUUGGGUCUUGCUUGUGGCCGCCCUGGCAAAUGCAUUGAUUUCAGAAACCUGCUGCACGGGACUGACAGUCACGUCUCUCACCAUUGCCAAUGGUAACCGCCACCUCCUUGCCAGGUGCAACAAUUCUACCCUUCCCACUGAUACCAACAUUAUGAUCAAUGAGUGCCCUUUUGACACUACCUGUAUCUAUGAUACAGCUCUGGUCCUCUGGCUUACUUCCUUGGUGAUGGCAACAGUGGAGGCUGGCCUCUCUUCCUGGUGCUGCGCUGUAUAACUUCCCUGCGCUGCCUCCUACAAGGUGGUGUUGUUCAAGGCCCACCGCUUUGGUGAAAGGAUGACCAAAGCGACUUGGCCCUGA